AUGACUUUAGGAUCUGGAAACAUGAGUUUAGCUGUAGAACUCCCAUCAGGGGAAGAAUUGAAUGAAUGGUUAGCAGUAAAUACAAUAGAGUUUUACAAUGAAAUAUCAAUAUUAUACGGAACUUUAAUGGAAUUUUGCACUUAAGAAAGCUGCCCUAUAAUGAGUGCUGGGCCAAAAUAUGAAUAUUUAUGGGCAGAUGGUUAAAAUGUCAAAACCCCUUUAAAAGUUUCAGCAUGUGAAUAUAUUGAUUAUUUGAUGACUUGGGUAGAAGCAUAAAUUAACAAUGAAACCUUAUUCCCAUGUUAAAUUGGUAACUUACUUAUUAAUUAAAAUCUUUUUUUAGUAUAUUAUGUAUUCCUUUCCCUAAAAAUUUUUUAAAUGUAAUUAAGGUCAUAUUUAAAAGAUUAUUUAGAGUUUAUGCGCAUAUGUAUCAUUCACAUUUUUAACAUAUAAUGAAUUUAGGUCUUGAGUAUCAUUUAAAUACAUGCUUUAAACAUUUUAUUUAUUUUAUUGACGAAUUUAAACUAGUAGAUGAUAAAGAACUUGCUCCUUUAGCUGAACUAAUAUAAUAAUUUAAGGCACGUAAAGAAAAUACUUAACCAAAUUAAUGAAAUUAAAUUUUCUAAACAAAAAU